AUGACCUAUGUCUCCUACAAGGACCAUACAGGAUAUCUGUCUACUUGGUGGUGUGCAGGGAGAACUCUUCACAGAAUACCCGAGCCUCAGAGACUCCCUGAACACCCCAAGGCCACCGAAUCCUUGGCGUCAGGCAGUUUCCGCGGGAUCUCGGGGCUCCUGAUUGCAGGCCUAACAUCCCCACCCCACCCCACCCCACCCCCGGGAACUUUCUCCGCACCAGAGAGCGAAGGUCGGAUCCAGACCGGCUCAGAGCUCGGUGGGCCUGGAAGACCUUCCUGUGUGGGGCGCUUUCAAGGUGAUUCAGAACAAGGGAUCCCCAGGACAGACACUGGAGGAGGGAGCGCGGAAACGAACGCAGCAGUUUCCCAGCGGAUCGACGAGAACCUAGAGCGCGGAGGUGGGGACUGUGGGGGGCGUGGGGCGCGCGGCGACUCCGAAGGUGCGGGGCGCGCAGUGAGCUCGCAGACCUGUGCGCGUCAGCAGGACCCUGGGGCAAGGGGGCGCAGGGAUCCGGGGGGAGAGGGGAAAACGCCGCGGGGAAGGGGAAUGGGGACAGAGGGCUCGGCACUAGGGACUAGAGUGGGGAGCCGGAGGUGGGGGCAAACCUGCGGGGCCGCCCGGGCUCCCGCGCCGCGCGCCCUCCCGACCCCACUCCGCGCCCGCGCCCCGUGGCGUCACCGCGCCCGGCCCGCGCCUCCAUCUUCCUCCUCCUCUUCCUCCUCCUGCUUCUCCAGCGCGGCGCUAUCCGGCUCUGCCGGGCGGGGAAGCAGCCCCAGAGCGGCCGCGGCCGUCGCGCCAGGCCCAGGAGCUGUGCGGUUGGGAGCCAGGCGCUGGGGCGCGGAGCCUCUUUUGUGCUUUAGUGACUUGCGAGACAAAGGAGGACCUGCAGACCAGCAGCAUCACCACCAACUUUGGAGGAAAUGCAGAACCUUGGGCCUCCCUGGAGACCUACUGAGUCUGGAUCAACACUUUAACAAGAUUUUCAGGUAA